AUGGAAGAUCUCCAGGAGCCUGCGUUUGCUGAGAUUGACACAGACAGCUUCGAGGUCCUGUCUGCCCACCCUCUUUGUCGAGGCUUGCGCAAGGAGGUGAUUUUGGGUAUCUCGCGUGCAUCCAAGCGGCUGGUGUUUACGACUGCAGGCCGUGUAAUCUUGAAUGAGGGUUCGCUCGCAACGGACCUUUCCAACCUCUGGAUCUUGACACGCGGAUCUGUGGAGGUUGUCGAGAGCGGCCAGACAUUGUGCACUUUGGAGAACGGUAGCGUGUUUGGUGACUCCGUGGCCUUCAGCAGAUGCGACCGGCAGCCCUUCACCAUCCGAGUCUUGCAAGUCCCAGUCAUCGCAUGGUGCCUACCCUCCGCAGAUCUGCGGCAGACAAUCAAGAUCCAUGCCUCUGCUGGGCCCUUAAUGGAUGAGUUCGUCGACCAGCAGGAGAGGCGCAUCCUGUGGCCACGAGCCUCUAAGUUGCUGCUGCUUUCUCAUUGUGGGCAGAACUUCCCCAAGCAGCUUCUGAAGAAAGUGUCCAUACGGCAUUCCAGGGCCCACAGCUUGAUAUGGUCCCCCUCAACCUCCAGGCAGUAUCUCAAAGCAGUGCUUGUGGGAAGUGUUCUGGUGGAAAGUGUGAGCAAGGAAGCCUUCCGCGCGCACAAUGCGCUGCCUGGAAGCCCAAUAGUUCGAACCGAUACCGAAUCGGUUUUUCAGCGGAGAAAAACGAUGCACGUGUCCAUUGGCAGCACGGAGUUCUCCGAUGAGCUCGAAGAGGAGAAGCGCGCGCAGAGUCAGAGGCGGCUGAGCGGCCCGGACUUGAUGUCACCCAGAACAUUGCAACAGCUGAAAGACUUUGCUGCAACACAGUCCAUGUCCGGCUUCGACUAUCCUACACUCGAAGAGUCUGACGAGUGCAGCAGCACGUUGUCUGAUGAAGAGGAGAACUCCGAUCUUUCAAGUUCGAGCUCCUCAAGCUCUGGUAGUGAUAGCGAGGGGAACGAGAAGGAGGAGAUGUAUGACUUACCGGAUACCCUCGCAAAUCUCGAACCGGAAUCAGGCACCGUUCAGGCAAAGGCCGGUCCCUACUGCUUGUUGUUCAAUGAGCCGGCUGUCCUUGGAUAUACAGAAAGUGAAAGGGCACUUUACAGGCAAGUCGUGGCACUGACCGACUGCAUCAUCCUAUCCCUGAGAGUGGAGGACUUCAGAGAAGCGGUCGCGCGUGCCCCGCGUGAGAAGAAGCGUUUCGAUCUCCUGGCAAAUGCGGAGUACUGUGAGUGGCAAAGAUGUGGCAUCCACAGGCUUCACAGCCUGGAGAUCUUCUCCAAGUGUUCCAAGCAGUUUCUGUCGGAUCUUGCGCAGACCGCGGAGUCUGCGCUGUGCUUUCACGGCAGCGAUAUCAUCUCGGCAGAGGAUCCCACAACUGGAUUGGUGCUAUUCAUGGAUGGGCACGGCCAAAAUGAAAAGCGGCAUAAGGUGCAGGCUCCAGAGGUUUUAAGUAGUGUAAACUGGCUUGGAGAUCGCACAGCCGCAGAGCCUCCACGGCGAGUCAAGGCCAAGGAAGUUUGCCAGAUUCUCCGCAUCUCGCAACCAAAGCUGCUUGGCCUCCUCAGCCGGCAUCCGCAUGAGACAGCAGUGAUGGUUGCUGAGGCACACCGCAUGAACUCUCGAAAGCACGGCGGCUACGGAAGCCGGCAAGCAGCUUUCCAGCGGCCUUUGAGGGACGCAGCCAACGGAGGUCGCGGGGGGGGCUUGUUCUGGUAUUGCCCCUUCUGUGACGAUCUGGGAGAGAGCUUCCUGCAAGAGCUCAUCACGCAUAUGGAAUGCUUCAAGUUGAUCCCGGGCCAGCAUCUCUUUCGGAACUUGGACGGCCCAAAUGCAGAUUUCCUUGUCGUGCUGACACGUGGCCGGUUGAGGGCCGUGGAUGAGGCCCUGGAAGCCCCCCUGAUCAUAUGCGGCUUUGACCGAUCGGGCUAUGUCGAAACGGUGGCAGAGGAGCUCAGUGAAGUUUACUGCGUGAACUUCGAGCAGAGCAAGUCUUUGCUGACCGCCAACCCUGAGAACGCACGGGCGUUCUUGAUGCGAGUGGUGCUGUUCCAAGAGCGCUUGGAGAAAAGACAUGGCCUAAGCUGGUGGAGUUCCCUGAAUGUCCUCAGGCGGCAUGAGCCGUUUGCAGGUUGCUCUGAUGCCUUCAUUGAAGCCGUGGCACCCUUCAUGCAGGUGAGGUUUUGCCUCCCUGGUGAGGCCAUUGUAGAGGAAGGGGAUCACGUGGAUCACGCACUCAUCAUCGAAACCGGGUCUGCCAAAGUGCAUCGCCAGACGAAGCCGGCACUGAGGGGAUGCCCCGAUCGGACGGGGGAGGUGAGGGACAGCUACCUGGUGGGUGGCAUCAGUGGGGCCUACGGCUUCGCUGGAAUGCAGCGCCGCCUGGCCACCAUCAAAGCUCUCAGCUUCUGCAAGCUCAUCGAGAUCCCGAUCUCAGCCAUCCUGACACUGCUGGAAGAGCAUCCUGAUGCCCGGCAAUGUUUCCGCGAAAUCGCUGAGAGGCGCUUCAAGGAGCUCGCUCCCGAGCCCUUGGAAGAGCACCCCUUCUUCAAGGACUUCUCCAAGUCUUUCCUCAAUACCCUGCGCACGAAAUGCAAUGCUCAGGUGUUCUUUGUCGGAGAGACCAUCAUCCGUCAAGGAGAUCCUGCAGACAGCAUGAUCAUCAUUAGCUCAGCCUCCGUCGUGACCCUCUACGUUGAUGGGCGGAAGCUGAAAGAUCUUUCCGGAGGCUGCACGUUAGGAGUACCCUCGAUCUUGCAGUCGGCCCCUGUGAAGCGCUUUGCCACCAUCGAAGCCCAGACUGCUUGCACAGUGCAGAAGCUCACAAGGAAAGAUUGGCUUGACGUCCUAAAGAACCAUGCGGAGCACAGGCUGUGGAUACAGAGCUUCACGGAAGAGCAGCUGGCCCUUGCGAACAGGCAAGCUUUGGAAACCACCAGAAAAUAUCGCUGGCGGAAGAUCAAGGAGAGAGAGACACAGGCGGUGCAGAGGCAUUGCAUACGCGCUCGCGGGGGCCAAGAGCCCAUCAAAAGCUGCAAAGUCGAUGUCCCACACAUAGCGACAGAGAAUGUAUCUGAGAGCUUUGAGCUUUGGGAUUGCUUCAAUGGUCGAAAAGCAGCUGUUCCGCACCUGAGGCUGCCCAUGCUGGUUGUACGGCCUCCUGAGAAGAUUGUGGUCCCUGAGGAAAGUGACGGCGAGAGUGUCACAGAAGAGUUGGCUCGCUCUGGGACAACUCGGCGUGGAAGUGACGUCAGCUCAUUGGCCAUGCGCAAGAUGACGAUCAAGUAUUCUCACUCAUCUCGCCUCAGUGUACUUGGCGACCUCCCACAGAUGUCUGAAAAGCCCAUGUCGCACGAGAGCUGGCUGGACUGCCAGGACGCGUUCGGACUGCUCUACACGCCCCUGGCCGAGUAA